UCCUUGGCUCAGUUCUCCCAAUUGCUGUGUAAUUCAGAACAGCGACGGCUGAGACCACCCUGAGAAGAGGAUGAUUCUAACCAGAGCUCUAGUUCUCGAGGUCUUUGCUGUAACCGCCUUGAUGAGCCUUUGUGGAGGUGAAGACAUCAAGGCUGACCAUGUUGCUGCCUUUGGCUUGGCCAUGUUCCAGUCCUAUGGGGAAUCUGGUCAGUACACCUUCGAACUCGAUGGCGAUGAACAGCUCUAUGUGGACCAGGGGAAGAAGCAGACCAUUUGGAGGCUUCCUUUGUUUACUGAAUUCACAGGAUUUGACCCACAAGGUGGACUGACAGAAAUAGCUACAACAAAACACAACUUGGCUGUCCUGACUAAAAGAUCCAAUUCUACUCCAGCUACCAAUGAAGUUCCAGAGGUGACUGUGUUUCCCAAACAUCCAGUGGUGCUGGGUGAGCCCAACACCCUCAUCUGUGUUGUGGACAACAUCUUCCCUCCCGUGAUCAACAUCACGUGGCUGAGCAAUGGGCGCUCAGUUACAGAAGGUGUUUCUGAGACCAGCUUCCUGUCCAAGACUGAUCACUCCUUCCACAAGAUCGCGUACCUCACCUUCAUUCCUUCAGCGGAUGACAUUUACGACUGCAAAGUGGAGCACUGGGGCCUGGGCAAGCCUCUUCUGAAACACUGGGAACCUGAGAUUCCAGCACCGAUGUCAGAACUGACUGAGACUGUAGUCUGUGCCCUUGGAUUGAUUGUGGGGCUUGUGGGCAUCAUGGUGGGGACCGUCUUCAUCAUCAGAGGCCUGCGCUCAGGUGGUGCCUCCCAACACCUAGGGCCUUUGUGAGUAACAAAGAAAGGUACACUUCCCAUCUGCAAGAGCUGAAAACUGGGAGCACUAGAUGGUCUGGCACUCACUUCUAGCAUACUCCAUCAUAUUCUGUAUUUUCUCUAAAUGCUCACUUCUCACCUCUUCGUUAGACCCCAAGGUGCUAUAUACCCUCUGAGCUCAUGUACCCUCAAAGUUCUCCCCAUGACCUCUUGAUUAUUUCCUUUUUCCUUCUAUAGCAUCCCUGAGAUAACUGACCCAGCCACCCAUUCCUCAGUGACUCUGAUCCAGCAUUCCUGUGGGAGCAAUAAAUCCCCCUUUACGAGGUCUUUGUUGAAUUUUUUCCUUUCAUCUCAAGGUCACUAGGACCAUGGCUAAGAAUCAGAAACCCUUAUGUUCCAGGCUCAUAAAAAUCACAUUCUUUGGGUCAUCUCUGAUGCUCAGUAACAUCAAAGGAGCCAAGUAUAUCAUGACAGUAGUUUGAUGCCUUAGCCAAGCUUACCAUUUUUCUCUCCUACUUGUUCCCAGCUUUGACCACGGCUACCCACCUCCAUUUCAAACAGCAAUAAAAAUAAUAUUCUCUCUCA